UCCGCGUUUGAGUCUCCUCGGCGCCCGUAGCCGUGAACUUUACCCGCUGGCGCCAGGGUCUAGCACGCAUGCGUUUUCCCUUCGCAUGGUGUGGGUUCUUAUUCUAGCUGCAGCGGCAGGAGCUGUGGUCUUCCUAGUCCUGCGACUAUGGGUAGUGCUUCAUUCCCGGGGCGCUACGCCCCGCGAAUCUCUCAGUCUCGUAGUAGUGGCUGGAUCCGGUGGACAUACCACUGAGAUCCUGAGGCUGCUUGAGAGCUUGUCCAGUGCUUACUCACCUAGACAUUAUAUCCUUGCUGACACUGAUGAAAUGAGUGCCAAAAAAAUAAAUUCUUUUGAACUUGAUCGAGCUAAUAGAGACUCUAGUACCAUGCGUACCAAGUACUACCUUCACCGAAUUCCCAGAAGCCGUGAGGUUCAGCAGUCCUGGCUCUCCACGGUGAUCAGCACUUUGCAUUCCAUGUGGGUGUCCUUCCCCCUGAUCUACCGAGUGAAGCCUGAUCUGGUGCUGUGUAACGGACCGGGAACAUGUGUUCCUAUCUGCAUGUCCGCCCUGCUCCUCGGGAUUCUAGGCAUAAAGAAAGUGAUCAUUGUCUAUGUGGAAAGCAUCUGCCGGGUGGAAACCUUAUCCCUGUCGGGAAAGAUUCUGCUUCACCUCUCAGAUUACCUCGUUGUGCAGUGGCCGACUCUGAAGGAGAAGUAUCCCAAGUCUGUGUACCUCGGGCGAAUCGUUUGACAAAGGGCAUAGUACUAGGUUUGCAGUCUUGCCGUGGACCAUGGUAUUUAAGUGGGGGUGGGGCAGGAACCCACAUGUUUACUGUGAAGGCUUCUGAAAGUCCCGGGCGUUACUGAUGGUCAGGAGAUUGAAAAAAAAAAAAAGUGUGCAGAUAACUCAGUGACGACACUGAGACUGCUCAUAAAACAAACAUGAUACACUGUAGACAUGAAAUAUUUAUGCCUCUUCUUACCAGAUUUCUUCUCUAGAAAAAAAAAUAUCACUGACUACAAGUUAUCUUCUGUUUACAGAGUGGUUUUUUUCUUAACCUAAAUAUAGAGUUUGUAUGAUUAGUAACAUUUCCUGCCCCAUAGCCUUUUUUUUUUUUCCCAAGUAUCUGCUUUAUAAAAAGGAAAGAAAGGUAUUUGUUCGUUUUUGUUUGGAUACAACAGGCUUUAUUUCCUGUAUGGAAGCAGUGAUGUCCCCAGUGAACCCUUGCAGCGUAAAGGAAGCAGUAAUAUUAAAUUGGCUUCAUGACAACUUGCAUUCUGCAGGCUUCCAGAACCCGAGCAUAAACCAGUGUCUCUUUUUGUUGUUGUUGUUCAGUCUUGUUUUAUGAGUGAUUGGCCUCAAUCCAAAAUUAUCUUUUAAAAUCUCUUGUUCAAUUGUUAAAAUAAAUUAAAAGGUGAUAAUAAAAGCAUGAUUCUAUG